AUGACUAUGAUGAAGGAAGAAAAAGAAAAAGAUUCGAGCAUCCAAAAGGAAGAAGGAGUAGAUGCUGAUCACGAGAAGAAAUUGGUUCUUUCCUAUCUGAGUCGCAUUGCUGCUGCAGCUCGAGCUUUGACUCGGACAGACAAGGAUGAUAUUCAUCCAACCACGGAAACAGACAACACGGCUGAUGACUGUCAGUCCUAUAUCGAUCAGAUUGCUUGCGACUUGUUGCUGGCUUGUGGAAAAGAUGCCAUGGUAUCCUCGGUUGAUCAUCUGCCUGCCCAACUUCCACCACUAUUGGACCCCCAUCGGGAUUUGCCCUUGGAUCCUUCCCAAAUCAGAACCUGGAAACGAGCCGAUUAUCUACGAAAUCUGCUACGAGCCAUGCCUCCCAUUGCCAUGGAUACAGCUGCUCAAAUCGUUAAUUCCAUCAUUGUUCCCAUGGAAAACAACAGUAAAGCAACAAGCAAGAAUGACAUCAAACACCACAAGGCAGCCUUUUUACUCUUCUCCAUCUGGUUGCCCAUUGCACCUUUUUUGGCACCAAUUGUAUCUGAGUUGUUUGCCUUGUCGACCUUUCCUUGUCCCUUACGAGACAUGACCAACCCAAAAACAACAACUGGUCAAGCACCACAAAAACAAUCUCAAUACAUGUACUACCACUUCUUGCUGGUGCAAGCCACACAAUCCAUUUGCCAGUUCUUUUACAAACGAGGAGAAAUCCACAUGGCACUCUCGUUCUGGAAUUGGAGUCCUGUAUUUGCCAUUAUGAACCACUACUUUGCUCAACAUCCAAAUCCUGGUGUCAAGUCAACAAAUAGUGCCCGUGGCGAGGCAGAUGACGCGAUGGAAAUCGAUGAUGACGACGAAGACGACGAUCAUAGCAUGGACGAUGUGGGAACCCAUAACGAUAAAAACGACAACCAGCAGAAUGAUCUAUUAUUAUUUGACCCCAACAACUUUGACCUUUCCCAGGCCAUUCGAUGGUACAUUGCUCGCAUCGUCACAUACGUACUGCAAUUGACUCCUCUUGCCAAGGGAGAAUACUUGCAAAGACUAAACGUCCGGAAACAAAGGGUUCCAUGGGUCAUUCAUCCAUGGAUCAUUGACCAGGAGGAACAAGAAGCACAGGAACUGCAACUGCAAGGAAAGGCACGACUGUUUGACCAUGAUGGCGUUUUUAACGUUCCAUCAGCCGCUCUGGCACGAACUUUCAUUACACUGCAUCCUUGGCUGGUCCAUGUAGGAAAUGGCAUUGUCUUUUGCAAACAUCAGUCCAUUGCACAUGCAGUUGCUUCAAAAGAACCACUCCAACAAUCGACAACAACAACACCUGUGCUGACCCGCACUGCCACAACUGCCGAAAAUCUAGCCCUGGUGGGAGCCGCCAUGUCCACCCAUCCACAUCCUCCCAUUCUCAUUUGUGGACCACAGGGAUCUGGAAAGAGCAGUCUAGUGCGAGAACUUGCCACCGUUUUUGCUUUGACCAGUAACAACGAUAUCAAUAACUUGUUGGAGUUGCACGUGGAUGAAGAAACCGAUGCCAAGACACUGAUUGGGACGUACACCAUGACGGAUAUUCCCGGUGAGUUUGCUUGGAAGCCCGGAGCACUUACCAUGGCUGUACGAACGGGAAAAUGGGUGCUGGUGGAGGACUUGGAUUCUGUUCCCAUUGAAAUACAGGCGUCAUUGGUGAAACUGUUGGAGGAUCGAGUCUUGCCUUUGGGCAUGAGUGGGGACAAUUCGAUGCAACGGUGUCACCCCAAUUUUCGAAUCUUUGCCACUUUGACUACCACAGCCACAGAUGGUCAUUACAAAAGAAGGGGUGCCAACAAGCGCGUUCUCAAUCCUUCUUUGUGGAGACGAGUAUUUGUCAGGCCGUUGCCCUAUGGAGAGCUUCAAGAAAUUGCUCGAUCGCGAUAUCCUAAUCUACCUCCCACCAUUUCCGAGUCAGCAUUGAAAAUUUUGAAAUCGGUGGAUCGCAGUGGUCGAAAUGAUGACUAUACUGGUGAUCGACAGCAACCGUUCUCCGAACAAAACAACCCGCAACAAUCUACCGCUGCUAGCGCGACUUUGAUGAGUGGUCGUCAACCAUCGGUACGAGACUUCUUCAAGCUGCUGUCGCGAAUAGCCAAUGGAGUUGUCUUUGAACGCGAUACCAAAUAUGCCACAGAAAGCCAAAGGACAUUGUGCAUGGCGGAGAGCGUGGAUAUCUUUUGUGCCGGUAGUCCCCAUCGAGAACAGCGCCGAGACUUCAUUCGAAGCAUCGUCGCACCCAACUGGGGGCUCACCGCCGACUUGGCGCUGGCAUACAUUGAAUACCGCCGACCCGUCGUCGCGCAAGCGGGACGUGAUCUUGUCGAAGUGGGACGUGUCAAGCUACCAGUAGUGGUUGAUGCAAGCCAAACUGCGGAUGGCAAUGAUUUCACGGAAACCAGCUUUUCUUUGAGGAUUAUGGAAUCCAUUGCUGUUGCGGUCAAAGAGAAUGAACCGCUUCUGUUAGUGGGGGAAACCGGCGGGGGCAAAACCAGUGUUGUGCAGCACCUUGCUCAACGAUGUGGGAGAGACCUUGUCGUGCAGAAUCUGAGUCUCCAGACCGAUUCCACUGAUUUGCUUGGAGGGUUUCGUCCGCUGGAACUGCAGCAUGUUGCCCAGAGGGUGUAUUCGUCCUUUGUGGAUAACUUUGUUGCAACUUUUUCACGGAAACAAAACUCUGAUUUUCUCAACUUUGCAUCUUCAGCAUUGAUCAAGAAAAACUGGAAAAAACUCUCGCAGUGCUUCCUAAGGGCAUCGAAAAUGGGUCUUGCAAAAGUCAGGCAACAGGAACACAAGGGGGAAGACAAGGGGAACGCGUCACGCAGAGGAGGCCUGCUGUCCUGGGAAAACUUUUGCGAGACAGCCGAGAGCUUCGAAAGACAGCGGGUUGCUUGCGAUUCGGGGCUCGUUUUCUGCUUCACCGAGGGUGCUCUUGUUGACGCUAUACGUGGAGGGAAAUGGGUAUUGCUUGACGAGAUCAAUCUAGCUUCUUCGGAAAUAUUGCAGCGGCUACUAGGGCUAUUGGACGACAGAGCAGGCAGUCUCACUCUUACCGAAAGGGGCGACAUUGUACCUGUACCGCGUCACCCUGAUUUCCGCCUCUUUGCGGCAAUGAACCCUGCUACAGACGCUGGAAAGAAGGAGCUUCAUCCCAGUAUUCGAUCACGGUUUACCGAGUUAUACGUGGACGAGCUACUUGAUCCAGUUGAGCUUCGUGUUGUUGCGUCGAGAUACUUGCGCUUUGUUCUGCCUGCUGGCGACAAACCUCCCGAGCAUACUGAUACGGUGAUUGCAUCCGUCGAUCUGUAUCUCAAGUGUCGCGCGCUUGCCGAGCAAGUCCUGGUUGAUGGAGCUGGGCACAAACCUCGCUUCACUCUCAGGACUCUAUCGAGGGCGCUGACCGCUGCAAAGAACCUCGUGUCCAUGCAACGUAUCUCAUUGCAACGGGCGCUCGUUGAAGGGUUCGAACUGGCCAUUCAAGGCCCGUUGGAUGCAAACUCCACCAAAGCAGUGCAGCGUGUCCUGAAAGGAGCAUUUGGGGACAAGAUCGGCAAAAACGAGAAGGACCACCCAGGAAGGAGACCUGGUAAAGGAGACUCGUCAGCAUACGUCUUGGUCAAACCAUUCUGGAUCGAGGCUGGCCCGCAUAGGCCGAUUGACUGGGCAGAACCGGAUGCAUCUGGGAAGUGCAAAUUCAUUUUGACCCCUUCUGCAAAGUCCAACGUUCGGAGGUUGGCCCGGGCAAUUGCUUCGGGACCUUGGCCUGUUCUAUUGGAGGGUCCAACUUCAGGCGGAAAGACUACCUUGGUAGAAUACGUAGCAGCGCGUUUAGGACACCAUGUCGUGCGUAUCAACAACCAUGAACAUACAGAUGUCCAAGAGUACACUGGUUCGUUUGCACCAGAUGCCAAUGGCGCCCUCACGUUUCAGGACGGAAUCCUCGUGAGAGCCUUGAAGCGAGGUGACUGGGUUAUUCUUGACGAGCUCAAUCUCGCGCCAAGCGAGGUACUAGAGGCUCUAAACCGCCUCUUGGAUGACAACCGACAACUGUACCUUCCCGAAAUCAACCAAACCAUAACACCACAUCCUAGAUUCCGGUUGUUUGCCACUCAGAAUCCCUGUGGUGCCUAUGGCGGAAGAAAGCCUCUUUCGCGGGCUUUUCGCAAUCGAUUCGUCGAAUUGCAUGUUUCGGAUAUUCCAAACUCGGAAAUGACAACAAUUCUAGAACGGAGGUGUGGCUGCCCUCCUAGUCAUGCAAAGGCUCUUGUCGCAGUUAUGGACAACCUACGUCAACGCCGUAGCAAAAGUGGGGUCUUUCUGGGAAAGGACGGCCUGAUCACACCGCGAGACCUUCUCCGGUGGGCGGAGCGGCAAGCAUCCUCAAAGCUCCAGCUCGCCCAAGAUGGGUACAUGUUGUUGGCCGAGCGAUUGCGCACUGAAGAGGAGAAGAGAGUCGUCAGAGAAGAAAUCGAGAAGCAAAUAAAGUUGAAUCUGGAAGUCGACGACUUCUAUUUUGGCCAACAAUCAGUGGCUCGUUUGAGUCUGGAACGUUUCACAGCAGAGCAGGUUGGGGCUUUCCGAAGGUCGAAAUUGAUGCAGUCCAUUGCCCCUACAAGAUCUCUGCUCAGGUCGCUGACGCUCAUUCAGCGAUGUGUCGAGUAUCGUGAGCCAGUGUUGCUUGUUGGAGACACUGGUUGUGGAAAGACUACGGUCGUGGAGCUCCUGAGCGCCAUGUCAAAUGUAAUUCUUAGAAUCAUCAACUGUCAUGCAACUACUGAAACCUCUGACUUGAUUGGUGGCCUGAGGCCUGUUCGAGGAAGAAACAUCAUUGCUGGGCAAAUUUACAAAAGACUACAAACGUUACUCCUCCGGUGGCCGAACAAAGCUGCGAUCGAGCAAGCAGACAUGCCCUCGUUUCUCAGACACGAGAAUUCCGAUGCCGAUGACUCAGACAUGGACACGACAACUCGAGAUGGCCUGAAGCAACCUGGACUAGACUUGCCAGAGGGAGCCGUUGCCGCAAUGAUGAAGUUGACCAAAGAUUUGAAAGCCAGCCUCAGUACGGAGGGCGACGUGGGCAUUGAAUCUCCUCAGAAGAAACCAAGGUUGUCUGCGGAGAAGACCAGUGGUGGGACCUCCAAAAGAGACGGGGAAGCCUUGCAGUUUCGACGAACCUUUGAUGAACUUGAUGAAUUGUUUCGGCGUCAUUCGGCCCUCUUUGAAUGGGCGGAUGGGCCUGUAGCAGCUGCAAUGAAGUCCGGAGACAUGCUUCUGCUUGAUGAGCUGAGUUUGACAGAAGACGCGGUCCUGGAGCGCCUCAACUCGGUGUUAGAGCCAUCUAGGACCUUGGUGUUGGCUGAAAAGGGCGAAGAUCUCAACAUGGAUUUCGAUUCGGACUCACGGGUAGUCCAGGCAGAUGGCGAGUUUAGAAUCUUUGCUACAAUGAACCCCGGGGGAGACUUUGGGAAACGGGAGCUGAGUCCUGCGUUGAGAAGUCGAUUUACUGAAAUAUGGGUGCCUGCGGUUGACGACAGCCGCGACGUUGAGCUUGUCCUUGCCCGCUGCUUAGCUGCGGCUGACCGUGAGAUCCACACCAAACAGAUACCACAAAAGAUGUUGGAGUACGUCGAAUGGUUCAACACGUCAAUCUGCAAGAAUCCAACGAGCCCAUACCCGGGUCUGUCCUUGUCACUUCGUGAUGUGUUGUCUUGGGCUCACUUUAUCAUCAAAGCGAGAGAAGCCAAUCACGACAUUUGUGUUUGGGAAGCUUAUUGUCACGGCGCAGCUUUGAUGCACUUGGAUGGCAUUCAUGUUGGAACAGGGCUGGGCUUGCACGAGGCCAUUCAGCUGAAGGCGGGUGCUCGGGACUUUCUCGUGACGCAAGUAGAGGCUUCUGCAGAGAUGAACGCCUUUUCAGCAGACGGCUCGAAGCUGCGGUUUGAAACCAAGAUGGGCAUGUUUGGAGUACACCCUUUUUGGAUCCCGACUGGUCGAAGUUUUGUGAGCAAAUCGAGCUUCAAUUUCCAAGCCCCAAAGACGGCCGAGAAUGUACAUCGAGUUUUGCGAGCGAUGCAGGUUUCCAAACCCAUUCUACUGGAAGGUGACCCCGGUGUGGGGAAGACAAGCCUUGUGCUGGCUUUGUCAAAUGCAGCAGGUCACCGUCUGACUCGCAUAAAUCUUUCGGAGCAAACUGAUAUGUCAGACUUGAUUGGUAGCGACCUCCCAGUUCCCGAAAAGACUGUGGAUGGGAAAAUGGAAGCUUCUUUCAAGUGGUGCGAUGGAGUGCUUCUUACAGCAAUCAAGAACGGCGACUGGGUUUUGCUCGAUGAACUCAACCUGGCAUCCCAGUCAGUCCUGGAAGGCCUCAACAGUUGCCUUGACUAUCGCGCAGAAAUCUUUGUUUCGGAGCUUGGGAAAACGUUCCACUGCCCGCCAACCUUCAGGAUCUUUGCAGCUCAAAAUCCAAUGGCCCAGGGAGGAGGGAGAAAAGGAUUGCCACGUUCGUUCCUGAACAGGUUUACAAAGGUCCAUGUUUCGCCCUUGUCGGGUUCCGAUCUUCGAUCUAUUGUUGAAUCCAAGUACCAGAGACUGACUCCCGAGCUCAUUGAUCGCAUGAUCGACUUUAACCAACAGGUGCAUCUCUCUGUGGUUGACGAGCGUCAAUUCGGUGGCGCAGGCAGUCCCUGGGAAUUCAAUUUGCGUGAUGUGUUCCGAUGGGCCGAUCUCGUGACUUCAGAGGAGGGCCCUCUGCCCGACAAACUAGCGAAAUUCGCCAGCUUUAUAUACCUCCAACGAUUUCGCAAUCAGAUUGAUCGCGACAAACUCCGGGUGGUCUAUUCAGAUAUUUUUGGUGCAGAUCUCUUCAUAAAGGCUGAUGUCAAGCUGGAUCUUGACAACACUGUGGUUCGUAUCGGCUGUGCGACUCUAGAGAGAAUCAAAGUAGGAAAGCAGAUGCAGUUUGACCCUUUUCGGAGAGAGCCUGCUUUACUCCAAUCUCUCUCGCAUCCGCUGGAGGCAGUGGCUCGAUGUGUUCAGAUGCAAUGGCCAUGUCUGCUUGUUGGAAAGUCGAGCAGCGGGAAAUCGACAAUUAUCAACGGAUUGGCUGAGCUUUGCAAUGCUCCCUUGAUUCAAGUGUCAUUGUCUCCUUCUUCGGAAGUCAACGAGCUUGUUGGCUGUUUCGAGCAAACUGACGUGAUGGCUAAAGAUCGACAAAUGCUGAAGACUCUCCGUGACAUUGCAUCAGCCUACUGUUUUGAAUUUGCGAAUCGCGAUGGGUAUUCUCAUGAUGUGUGUGAGCUCCUCUAUGAAUUGAACGCAGCCUCCAUAUCCCCGACAUGCCAAAACACGCUUCUCUCUCGCAACGAGCCUUUUCGAGCAAAGGCAGUCGCCUUGGCAGACAAGCUCAGCAAAGCAGCGAUGGCAUAUCCAGAGUUUGGCACAAGGCAUGCUGAUAAGUUGACAGAAGCGGCCAAUCACAUCACUAACGGAUGCUUGGCUCCUGCACAGGAAAGCCAUUUCCAAUGGGUGGAUGGUGUUCUUGCUCGUGCUAUGGCGGAGGGACGCUGGCUUCUCCUGGAGAAUGUGAACUUGUGUCCGGCCUCUGUGUUGGACCGUUUGAACCCAGUGAUGGAGAUAGACGGGGAACUUUUGAUGGCGGAGUGUGGAGUUCAGGAGCACCAAAACGAAGAGAUGCACCAUCGCGUUGUCAAGGCUCACCCCAACUUUCGCGUGUUCCUAUCCAUGGAUCCAGAAAACGGAGAGAUUUCUCGAGCAAUGAGGAAUCGUUGUAUCGAGAUUGCUCUUUUGCCACCUGAAUCAACUUUGUUCCAACCGAACGAGAGGCAAAACGAAGAUGUCCCAAGUGGAGCUGCGUAUAUCGAUUGCCUCGAUUUGUGCUGGAAUUCAGGAUUGCGGUCGUCUACGUUGGCCGAAGGAAUACUUCGAAGUUAUGGCAAGACGUGCAUUGAAGCAGCCUCGAUGGCCGUUGAAGCACCCAGUGCCAACGCUCUGCCGGAAGCAGCACAGUUCACCUCAUCGUUACUCGCACAAGGUUUAACGAGUGAAGCCUCAAUCGCUUGUUUGAAGGGAGUGUUCCCUUUGAAGGAUAUCUGUCUGAAUGACGGUUGGAGCAAGUCUAGCCGCAUGCUGCCAACGCCUUCUUUGAGAUGUGACCAUCUCCCAUUUCCCAACAGGGCAAGGGUUCACCGCGAGGGACGGACUCUGAGGACCUUUGUUGGCCGGCAGCAGCAGCUUCCAAGCCCAGACGAGCUAUUCCCAGGAGCAACUGACGUGUUUGCUCUGUCUACACCGAGCGACCAGUUCACUGACUCCAUGUUGCUUCGGAACUACUUGGUGUUUUUUUACUUGUUGCAAAACGAUCCUGCGGAGACCGACGAGCUACCGAGCUUCUUGCACGGGCACCCCGACUCGCUUGUUGCUUCCUUCAAGUUCAUGGCAGAUUCAUUUGCAGUAGCUAGAUCGAAGUUGAACCCCCGAUUUGGCGCGGGUGUCAACGAAGAUGCCUCGCUCGACGUAGACAUGGUGUCUAGUCUUGCCAGAAUCACACAGAAAUUAUCGGAGCGACUUUGGUUGUCGAGGAUGGAUACCGGGCUGCUUGAACGAAUAACUUUUGCCAAUCUUGGUGUAUUGGAUACAUCCUUUCUCUUCAACAAAGGUUUUUUUGACAGAUCAAAUGUUCCUUGUAAGGUGACACCAGCCAUAUUCCCACUGUUCCAGGCAUUCGACCUGUGGACGGAUCUUGUCACAAGUCGCCUAGCAGAAGCAAACGCAGAAAACCUACAAACAUGGCAUCGCUUCCACGAGUUGUUGACGGAAAGAGACCGACUCUGGAGUUUACUUGCUGGAAGCACUUUUCGAGCAACUCCAAACUCGUUGAUCCCAAUGGACGAAGCUCAAUUCAUUGUGCAAUGGACUUGGUUCAAGAAGCGCAUGACUGCCUUUGACAGAGAGAAUUCGCAGCAUGCAUCCGACUCCACUGACGCGGCUGAGCGUCAAGUGAAGUCCUUCAUUGGCACCAUCGAUGAGACUGUGUUUGGUAGCCAACAACAUGCCAGACAUGCGUCGCCGUCUAUCUGGAGGAAAAUCACCCAUCCCUUGAUACCUUGCUCUGCCGUACAAUGGGAAGCCAUUGAACGUUUGCGGGAAUUGGCUCGGUUGUGCUGUGUACAAGAGCUACCCAACGAUGAGAGCAACAUGGUGGAGCUUCGCGACCUCGUCAAAAAUCGUCACCCUGUUCUGGUCUUCUCCCAGAAAGAAAAAAUGGAACUAUUGCUUGCACUCUGCAUGCUUCAUUGGUCAUCUACAGACGAGGCAGCAGGCGAGCUGCGUGUCGCUGCUCCGAGGUUGUCUCCCGACGAAGUCAGCCAAGCUUUCAAGAAGCAGUGGAAGUCUAAAGAGGAAGAAUUCUAUUUCAAGCUCGAAAGCGUCAGAAUUGAUCAAAGUAUCGAAACAGUCGAGAAUUUGCUUGGGGUUGAGGACCUUAAGCAACUAAGCCAAGGCCCGGAGCCUGCACGCGUUGGCUCAGAGUUUGCAGGAGUCUCAGAUCGUGUCUUGUAUGGCUUUGGGCGGUUGCAACUCUCCAGCUGCGCUGCUUCCUUCCUUGUGAUCGAAGAGAUGGCAUUGAUCAGGGCAAUUUGCCGAGCUCUCUUGGAGUCAAGUUCGCUGGACAACUUGUGGGAUGCUGCUGUAGUUCUCGCGGAAAAAGUUCAAUUCUUCAUCGACGAAGCCAUGGCACGUACAUCCUGGCCUGUCUCCGAGCUGCGGCCAUACCAGACUUUUGUUUGGGCAUCCAAGGAGCCCUCUUUCAAGAAAGAUGGCAGCAUUGAACGCUUGAUGACCUGUCUCUUACCGGUCAUGUCAUCGUCGGCGUUGCGGCAUUCGAUGGAGUGGUCAACUGGGCGAAACCCAAUAAUCGAUGCCAGGCUGGAGAUGCCUCUCCUAGUCGACUCUGAGCUGGCUGGUGACGACGUUAGACUACUCUUCGCAAAUCAGGUGACGUCCGAAGAGACUCCCAUGAGUCACAAUUGGAUGCAAACCCAGCAGUUGUUCCAUCUACUGGGAAAGCUAUUCUGGUCGCCUGGCCUCGUGGGCAAGCAAGCAAUAUAUUCCACACCGGAGAACCACAGAGCGAGGGCACUGCAAGCCAGGGAUUUUGCCCAGAUUCUGGCAUCCAGUUCAUUCCAGGCGGAUCGUUCGGACCCAUUCCAUAUCAAUUACGUCGUAGCCGAGACAUUUUUCGCCCUCCGGAAGUGGAUGGCACUUGAUACGAGAGAUGACUCUGUAACCAAAUCCAAUCUUCACAGAAUGCUUCAGGCUGGAGAGUUCAACCGACUUUGGGCAUUGGCUUGCAGCUGCAAGCAUUCACUUUUUCAGGAGCUUCUGAAUCCUGUUGUUGAGCCGUUGCUACGUACACUGGGCAAUGGCUGGAAGGCUGCCACCGAUCCUGAGAGGCGAAAGGAGCAGACCUUGGCAAAAAUAUACACCGGCCUGCUUCGUUUCCACCUGCUUCUUCCAGAAUCUCCGUUGGACCCUGCGCAACGACCUCGGGCCAAGGCGACCUUACUCACGUCGCAGGUUUCGCAGUUACGAGCUCAAGUAGCUGCGGCUCGAUUGAGCUCGGGGUACCGCUACGGAGACUUUUCGCCAAAUGAUCCUUGUAUUCAGAAACUCGAACAUGAAGGGGCCCUGUUGGCCACCAAGAUUUCGUCACAAAAGAAGAAGAUCGUAGAACGAUCGAACCGAGCUCCACCGUUUCUCGAACUCUAUCGAGAGUUACAGGUCUUUGCAACCAAUUUCUGUCGCACGGAGACUGUCUCUGAGCUUAUCAGCCUCGUACAAGACUCGGAAACACCUCACAAGGCUAGAGAGAGAUCGUCUCAUUGGCUGACAAAUGUAUCGACCGGCUGUGAAAGACUGUGUUGCUAUUUUGGCGCUUAUGAGGAUGUCGUUGUUCCUUUGGUUGAUGCGAUUCGACUGAUGCACGAGGGCGUGAAGAAAUUUGUUGAUCUUCGUUUACCCAGAACAAAGGCACUGCCAAAGCAGGCGCCGGCGCUGCAAUUUUUUCUGCGUUUUCCACUGGGAGACACAAUUGACGGCUUCGGUGACUGCCACGAAACGAUGGAGACAGCACGGACAGCCAUCAAAGGUGGUGUUCGCUGCCAUCGCACAAUGGGGUUGGCACUGUUGUCGAGGCUGACAAUUCUCAAACAAUCGCACGGUCAAAACUCAAGAACGACAAAGCUUUGCUCGGCUAUUUUUGACAGUUUGGUGGACCCAGAGAAUGUAGCGAACGAGGAAAUCGAUUCUCGUAGUAGCAGCGAACAAGAAGAACGAAGCUUUCGAGAGCAAUUUCCGGAUCAUUGGAAGGAGUUUCAAGGUCUGCUGGAGCGCACCGAACAAACCAACGAGGAGGAACUUGAAGACGAGUCUUCCACAGAAAACACAGAUUUACGUGCCCCAAUUCCGCCAGAUAUGCUCGAACACCUGUGCUUCAUUCACAGACAGCUGUUUUCUCACGACAAAGCUGUUUCUGAUUCCGACCGGUGUUGGGCACUCAAGCAAUCUUUGACAGCGGCCAAUCAUCUGGUCAACAAGUUUGGCUAUCCACCAUGUGAAGCAGAUGAUCAUGUCGGAGGUGCUGCUCAUGUCAUGGCUCUCUCGCUUGCAGCACCACAAAACAGCAACUGUUUACUGAGAGAAACAGGUUUCGGUGGCGGGGAGGCUACCCCAAUCCACUUCUACUGUGAUCCGAACCCUGCCGAAGUGCUGAGAGCAGCAGAUGUUCUAGACAGACUCGUUUGUCGCAUCACUCAACUCUUGACCGCUUUUCCUGGCAAUGAGCUCCUGGUGGGGCUCAUCAAGGUCGCUGACAGUGUCCGCAAACUUGAUCUGCACUCUAGUCCUAUCGGAAAGGUUAUGACUGGGUUAGAGGUUGUCAUGAAACAAGCGCAAGACUGGGAACAGCAUGCAAGCGACAAAGUCAAAAUCGGCAAACCACUUAGUGACAUCAGUCACCUUGUGGCUCUCUGGCGUAAGCUCGAACUUGAAAGCUGGAAGGACCUACUCCUGAGCCGCGAAGAUCGCUGUUUAAAACGUGCCAGAAAACACUGGUUAAGAAUCUACCAAGUGUUGCGAUCUCGGUUGCCAUUUACCACAAAGAAUUUGAGCCGCGACGAUACGAAUUCUUCAAUCCGAGAGCCACGGGGCAAGAAUUUAGAACUGCAAUGGUCACCUCGCUGGACUUGGAAGGGCAUUGCAAAGUGUGCAAGUCAGUUCUUCAACAUUGUGGUGGAGACGCCCGACUCUGACUUCUUGGAACUUGCAAAGCUGAUGGACACGUUCGUGCUUACGUCCCCGAUCGGAGAAUUCAAGGAGAGGCUUCAGCUCCUGGAAUCGUUUUCAUCUCAGCUUCACCAAGAAGCCAAAUCAUUGAACGAUUCCUUCACCGAACAUAAUCAGUGUGCUCGACUUCUGUCCUCUCUAAGGCUUUUCUACGAGCAGUUCCUUCCGUUGGCAACCUCCAAGUUAGAGGAACAGAGAGCCCCAGUGGAAACCAAAUUGCGAGAUCAAAUGAAGCUUGCAAAGUGGGACGAGCAGUCUUACUACGCACUGGCUGAUUCCUCCGAAAAGAACCACCGCAAUCUCAUGCGGUGCCUCCGAGAAUAUGACGACAUUUUGAAUCUCAACAUGGGCCAGUUGCUGGAUCGCGAGCUCUGCGCAGGGAUCAGAUCAGAAUCCAGCUCACAAGACGAAGCUUCCUUUACAAUUCCCUCUCAGUCCACGUUCUUUCCGCUUCUAAGCUCUGUCGCGGCGAAGGAGAGUGUGGCUGCAUCGAAUAUUACGGCACUCGAGAAGAGGCAAUGGGUCGAUCCUACAAAGCUUGGCAUUCAAGGCGGCGCACAUGCGAGCAAUAUCAAACGAUACGCCGCCAAGAUGAAAGUGAUGGCGAUGAACAACUCAAAUCACAAGGGUUGGAGCACCAUUGGCAGGAGCAUUGCUCUGGAAAUUUGUGAAGACAUUUUCCAUCGAAUCGAGGCUUUACGGAGUGAAAAGUCCUCACGUCAAAUGAAGGAACGCGCUUUGGUCGACUUGUUUCGCGCCAUGAAGCAACACGGAUACUCCAACGCUAAAUGGUCCACUCCAAAAGAGCAAAAGCAAAUGGUAUCGUUGUUUCAGGUACCAAGCCCACGGAGUCUCUGCGCCGGCUUUGAAAGGCAGACUGUUUACAUAGAAGAAUUCGAGAAGUACUACUUGCGACAUCUUGCAGAGCUGAAGCGAUUUCGAUCAGAGGCUGAAGUCGUUGGUAGCAAGUACAUGAGCCGUCGCGAAACAGAAACUAUGCUCAACUUUAGCGAACACGGAUUGCUAAUGAUCACCCAACAACGUGCUCUGCUUUUCUCUCUCCUCCUUGAUUUGAAUUCUCUCAAGGCCAAAUUUGAAGGUCUAGCAGUUGAUGGCGAUGUACUAUCAUCUCAAGCCACGACAAAGGAGCAAUGGCUGCGUGCCAGUGAGAAGACCUGCACUGCGGUCGAGAAUCUGCAACAGCUAGAGCUGCUACUAAGACUUUCUGAAGCUGUCUUGUCUACUUCCAAGCAGAAGAAGUGGGUUAGUAGCACUGCCGAAACGCUCAAAUCUCACUGCAACCAACUGGGCGAUGCUACCCUGUCUCUUCCCGCGCUCCUCACUACAAAAGAUAUUGCUCGGGUGAAAGACUUCCACAGUUCAGUUGAGAAAGCCAUGUCAGUGUGUGCUAUUUGUCAAGACCAGAACUCCUCGCUCAGAUGUGUCCCGAAAGAUGCGAUCGAUGAGUGCUAUUGUCACUUGAAAGAGGCUGCAUCCGCUCUGAAAGGAUGCAUGGAGGCAUGCGGAGAACUCCCCAUGGAAUACGAAAGUAGCAGGUCCAAUGACCUUGUUGAUUCAAUUUCGAAUGCGGUCAAAGCCACGCUCUUGUCUGUUCAAGAGACGCAAGUGGUGUUGAAGUGUGCUGAAGCAGCGAGUGACGACACAUCGAAAGAAGGAGACAAAGAGGCGGUCUUGUGGGCCUGUCACACGAAUGCGUCCAAAGAAUGGGCCAAGGUCGGGCUCAAAGGCCUUAGAAAGUGUCUCGAUGUUGUUCUGGCUAAAACCGACGCUUUCGCCGACAUGCAGCAAAUACCACAGCUUCUUUCAGACCUGGGUGCGAUGGGUCAGAUGGCCUACGCUGUGUUUGAGGAUAGAUUGCACAAGUAUGUCCAAUUCUGCCGCGAUACUGCAAAGUUCCACUACGUUCUGCUUAGAGUCUUUCGAGUUUUGGUGUCAAAAGGCUAUUGCUCUGACGAAACAAGCAGCGACGACGAAGAAGGCGGCGAUGGCAAAGGGCUUUCCUUUGAGGAGAAGGAUGGCACUGGUAUGGGCGAAGGCGAUGGAGCCCAAGAUGUUACUGAUCAGUUAGAGAACGAGGAGCAGCUGUUGGGACUUGAGGGCGACAACGAUAAACAGGAACAAAAUGCCAACAAAGAACGGCAAGAGUUAAACGAAGAAGAGGCGGAAAAAGGAAUGGAAAUGGAAGGUCAAUUCGAUGGCGACAUGUUUGAUAUGCCAGACAAACAAGAGACUAAUGACAAUGACAACAGUGAUGAUGAUCAAGAGGAGGAGGAAGAAUUGGAUCGGGAAAUGGGGCUGGAUGAAGAUCCAAACGAACAAGUUGUCGACGAGAAGAUGUGGGGCGACAGUGAUGAUGAAGAGGAUGUUGACCAAGGCGACGAAAAAUUCGAAAAAAAUAGCAGCAUGAAGGGCGCACAAGAGGAGGAUCAAACGCGUACAAGGGAGGACGAAGAAGGGGCCCCAGACGAUAAACACGACGACGAAGGCUCGCCCGAACAGCCAAGGCCGGACACUGCAGAUGCCACCGCAGAGAACGACAACGCAUCAGACUGUGACGUCAAUGAAGAUUUUGAGGAUAACUACGAAGAGAAUCACGGAGUGGAUGUCCGCGAAGAGCCCAAAAAUGAUCCACACAACGAGGAGGAUGACCCAAUGCAGCUGGACGAUGAUCUACAGCUUGACGGGGAGGACGGAGAGGAUCAAAAGGACGAGGAAGAUGCUGCUGCCAUGAAUGAUGCACCCGAUGACAAUGUAGAGGGCGGAGAUGACGACAACGUCGAGGGUGAGGAUGACCAAGGUGACAUGCAACAGGAGGAGGACAAUUUGGCGGAAGAGGAGAAUGAUGACAACGCUCAGGUUAGCAACGCUGCUGUGGCCAUUGAUGCAGAGGAAACAGCCGACGACGAUGCGGAGAACCCCGAGAACCAAGACCCGGAUCAAGAGAAUCCACCUCUCGAAGCCCCGCCUCAACCCGCCAACGACCAAGCUGGACUGGGCAUAAGAGCCGCUGAUGGUCAGGAUGCUUGUCAAGAUACUGGCGCGGAGGAAGACGAGCAGCCCGAAGAAACUGUUGGGGAGGACAACGACAAAGAAGAGGCUGGCGGCGCAAGUGAGGCCGACCAACAGCAACCAUCGCAAGGAGGAACGCGCGGUGAAGGCGACAACGGCGAAGAACGAGGAGAGGAUGGAGAGGACUCGGGCGAGAGCCCUGCUAUCAACGAAGUUCCAAACCCAUUCAAAAAUCCAGGAGACGCUACUCGAUUUUGGCAUGAGAAAUUGAACAUGGUCGAUUCUCAGGCUCCAGAGGAAGAUGAGUUUAAUAGUGGUGACAAUCGGGUCGAAGACGACCAAAACCCAGCUGGUGAAUAUGAGUAUGCCCCGAAAGAUCAAGACGGGGCAACAACGCAGGUAUUAGGGGCGGUUGCGGAGGACGAAGCUGUUGAGCUUGAGCAACAAGAUAAAACAAAUCGACAAGACAAGGGUGAAGAGAAACAAGAAAGGCAACAGGAGAAAGCAAAUCGUUCAGAGCCACGAUCUGAGAGUCGGCGGCAAAAGUCAAAUCAGGAAUCGAAGGGUCCGAAAAAGGAAGAGAUGAAACAAGAGGAGGAGGAGGAGCAACCAAACGCUGAAGAAACAGAUGGAGGCCUUGACAACAACGAGACUAUUAAGGAUGAUGCUACCGAGGACGAAGAGGGAAACGACGAUGACAAUGACAUUUCCAUGGAUGAUGGAGAGGAUGUUGGCAAUCGGGUUGUAUCUGACAUGUCUCGUUUGGACAUUGAGGAAGAAUUGCCCAGUAGCUCCAACUUGGAUGCGGCAAUCGUUGAAGAUGAGCAAGUGUCCGGAAUAAGCAGUGCGGAAAUCUUGGAGUCUCGCAAAAAGUGGGCGCAAAUUCACGGGGAGACAAACAGCUUGGCGCUGCGCCUUUGCGAGAAACUGAGGCUUGUCAUGGAGCCACUGGUCGCUUCAAAGCUAAAAGGGGACUACCGCACUGGAAAGCGCAUCAACAUGAAGCGUGUUAUUGGUUACAUCGCAAGUGGAUACAGAAAGGACAAAAUAUGGCUGAAACGGACCAAACCAUCGAAGCGAAACUACAGGGUGCUGCUUGCCGUCGACGACUCGGAGAGCAUGUUAAAGGGCGGUACAGGCGACGUGGCACUUCGAGCUUUGGCCACGCUAGCAAUGGGGAUGAGUCAACUGGAAAUCGGAGAGCUGGGUGUAGCAAGCUUUGGCGAUGACAUGAAACUUCUGCACAAUUUCAACCAACCUUUCACAUCAGAGAGCGGCAUCAACGUGGUCCAAAACUUUGGCUUCAACCAACCCCGAACCCGAACCGCUCUGUGCGUCCAGAGUGCCCUGUCAGUUUUGGACGAACAGAGCGAUUCUGCAUCUGUUCAGCUCAUGUUCUUGAUCAGCGAUGGCCGCAUUGAACGCGAUAGCCGCACAACACUUCGACGACUGAUUCGUGAAAUGAUGGAGCGCAACAUCUUGUUGGCUAUGAUCAUUGUGGAACCCGACCGGGAGAAAGGCGAAGGGAAGAAAAACGACAGUAUCGUGAACAUGAAGGAAGUCACCUUCGAGAAAGGAAAACCCAAAAUGAAGCGCUUCAUCGAGGACUACCCGUUUCCUUACUACCUCAUACUGGAUGACAUCCGGGCUCUACCCGAAGUGCUCGGCGAUGCCCUGAGACAGUGGUUUGAGAUGUUGGCACAGCAGCAAGAAAGCACCUAG